AUGUUUUAUCAUUUUGCACCAACACAACGAGGACAUUUACCAGCACUUAAUAAAUGUCCUAUUUUACCAAUAAUAUCGAAUGUUAUGGAUCUUGAUGAAGAUUUACUUCAAUGUAAUACAACAAUAGCACACCGAACAGCUACAUAUACAUCAACGAGUGAUCGUUCUAUGUCAUUAAUAAAACGUCCAUCAGCUCCAUCACCACCAACAAGUGCACAAAUAAAACGACCUAGUCAAAAUGCAUUUGUUUAUGGUCAAUAA